GCUAGCGGUUACUUCUCAAGGAAGUAGUGGAAGUUGAAGUGGGAAGAUGUUUAAUUAAUAGCCUUUACAGUUUGUUAAUACGUCUGCGUAUUUAAUGUAACAGAUAAGCAAAGGUCAAGUGGAAAGAAUAGCUAGUAAUUUUACCGAUAUUUUUAAUCCGACUCCAAGUCUUUUCUCUCUCGCCGUAAACGGUGUUCUGUUAUCGCGAGCGAUUAGACGUUUUAUUGGUGUGGUGCAUGAGGAUUGGAUUUCUAGCGCGUAUGAUCAUGAAUUCCGGUCCGACAGUGAAGAGCAUGAGUGAUGGAGCUGGGAGUGUAGGCAGAUGCGUCGAGGAUGAAGCGGUUUCAAACAGACCUGCUGGCGGAGACUCACUGAUGGCGGCCGAGGAGAGACACGCGAGAUCCGCCAGUCCCCGCGGUGUGAACGGAGAAGAUGAUUCCGAAGCGGAGUCCCAUCAGGACGGUCGUAACGUGGAUGUAGACCCGGAGACUAGGAGGAGGGCGUUCAGCUGGUGCCGUGACUUUCUGUCCGGAUCAUGGAAGGCUAUAUCGGAGCAUGACUUUCAGAUCCAAAUAGUCAGUGGAGGACUCAGUAACCUGCUGUACAUGUGCAGUUUACCCGAUGAUGUUCAGCCCACCGGGGUCGAACCUCCACGAGUUCUGCUCCGGAUCUAUGGGGCCAUUCUACAGGGAGUGGAUUCUCUUGUUUUGGAAAGUGUGAUGUUUGCCAUUUUAGCAGAGAGAGAGUUGGGCCCACAUCUCUAUGGCAUUUUCCCAGAAGGCCGUCUAGAGCAGUACUUGCCUAGUAAUCGCUUGUGUACGGAGCAGUUGGGGUUGCCAGAGAUCUCGGCUGAAAUAGCCAGUAAAAUGGCACGAUUCCAUGGGAUGAAGAUGCCAUUCAACAAGGAACCCAAAUGGCUGUUUGCAACCAUUGACCGGUAUAUGGAACAAGUUAAAACAAUAAAAUUUGAGCGUGAAGCUCACAUCAAGAAAUUUACCAAGGUUAUGAAGUAUGAUCUUCCUGCAGAACUGGAGAAUCUGAGGUCACUGCUGGAAGCUACUCCCUCUCCAGUUGUGUUCUGCCAUAAUGACGUACAGGAAGGCAAUAUCCUCAUGUUAGAUGGCCGAGAGAAUUCAUCGGACAAACUAAUGCUAAUUGAUUUUGAGUACAGCAGCUAUAACUACAGAGGCUUUGAUUUUGGGAAUCAUUUCUGUGAAUGGAUAUAUGACUACACAUAUGAUCAGUGGCCCUUCUACAAGGCAAAGGUGGAGAAUUACCCCAACAGACAACAGCAGUUACAUUUUAUCAGACACUAUCUGUCAGAAAAGGGGGGCGUUUCACCUGCUGACCAAGCAAGGAUAGAAGAGGACAUGAUCAUUGAGGCAAACCGGUUUGCCCUUGCGUCUCAUUUCCUCUGGGGUUUGUGGUCCAUUAUUCAAGCCAAGAUCUCCAAAAUCGAGUUUGGAUAUAUGGACUAUGCACAGCACAGGAUUGACACAUACUUCAAACAGAAGAAGCUCUUUUCCUAAAUAGUGACUUACAGCAUUUGCUUCAAGAUAUCAUUUUGCAUCAUCUAUUGUUCAGGUAUUAAUAAAAAAAAAAAAAAGUUCCAGAAAGGACACAGUACGAAACAAUUAAGACUGCUAAAGAACGGUUCGUCCUUGGGGACAUUCAUUUUAAAUAACGAAAAUUCCAAAGAUAACCUGCCUUAAAGUCACAUUUUGUAGGGCUUUAUUAUA